UCAGCCAGUGCGUGUUUAUAAAUUCAUUUACAAACUUUUUAUGACGCAAAAAUAGACUGUCCAGUGUUCGGGGGAGAUAAAGGAGCCAAUGUCCAGUGUUGUGGUUAAGUUUCGUUUCUUCGGUAUAGACGCUCCGUGUGAGGAAUGACGCGGUGUGAUGCCAAGCCCCUGUCAUUGUGCCGAGCUGUCAGAGUCUCUGUGUGUGUGUGUGUGAGAGAGAUACUACAUCCGCGUUACACACUCACUGCACUACCCUGCACUGUAUUCCUGGACGGCACUUUUACUGGUAAACAUGCGCCUCACUCGAGCUGAGAUCCGGAGUGUCGGCCUGGACUUUAUAGAGUUCUUACACGAGACGCAGAGAUUCAGUGUGACUCAGAGAGAAGAGCUCAAGCGCAUCUACAACGACGAGUUCAGGAACAGACACGGUGGCAAAGAUCCCAACUUAUCUUCAGUGCUUUAUGCCCUCAGGAACAACCACAGAGCACGUGUCACCCGGACAGGAAAUGUUUACUUUAAUGCUAAUAUACGAGUGAUACGGGACCAGUGGUGGAGACCUCAGGAUGAUAGGCCGUGUGCCAGAACUGAAAGAAGCCCAAGACCGCAAACUUCUCAUGAUGCUUCGGAAUCAUCUUCUCCAUCUCCUGGAUUUGAGGGUGGUGUUAUAGCCAGGAGGAAACUGGCUAAUGAGAUCCUCAAGAAGCUCGCUAAUGAGAGACCUGAGUUUGUGGCUGAUAAAAAUGGAGUUCGGGUCAGCUCUGAAAUGGAAAUCGUGGAUGGGAGAAUGUGCUUUUUUGUGGAAACUGCAGAGGUUUAUGAGUGGAAGGUGUUUGUGGAAAACACAGGUCAGGAUGCUGUGGAUUUCACCUACUAUUCACCCUUGCACUGGAUAAACUGCUUUGUGUUUGAGGACUCCAAGAAGGUCACACGCAGCAAUCCCCUGAGCCUACGUCCUGGUGAAAAGUACGAGGUCAGCGUGAAGUUCCAUUCAAAAUAUUUGGGAAUAUACCAAGCUACCGUGGCGUUCGAGUUCAAGUCAAGCAACACGCCAAGCCCCAGGCCAUUCCAUAUCGUGCGUUAUAUUGAAGCUGAGUUCACCACACAGCUAGCUAGAGAGCUGGCCCCCAUCGAGCCCUACACACCCCUCAUUCUAACCAAAAAACAAACUGAUGAUUUCAACAUAGAUGAGGGAGAGCGACCUGACAACCUGUCCAUACAGCGUCUUCAAAUUGAGGUCCUGCUGAUGCCGUAUCAAUGCCCAGAUUACAUCAAUGACCUGAUUGAGUUUCUGAAAGCCCCACGUUUCCCCAAUCCCUAUCUGUUGCAAAAGAAGCAUCUACUGAAGUCUCCUCUGGAUUUUUAUAACUACGAGGAGCGCUUCCAGGUUCUACUUUACCUGGAGGAAUGUCAAAUGGAAGUGGACAUCAAGGGAUAUGACAAGAAAGGGGUCACCAUGAAGAAGGACAGGAACAACAAGAAAUUGUUGGUGUUAGAGGCUCCAGGUGUUUCUGAAAAUCGUCCAUCUGUGUUAAGAGGAGAUCAUCUGCUGGUGACUAAGAGUAGCGACCAGGAUUUACAACGUAUCACCAAAUACAAAGGUUAUGUGCAUCGUGUAGAGCUCGACAGCCUCAAACUAGGUUUUUCACAGGGGUUCUUGUCCGGUUUUAUAGACAACAUGAAGUUUAAUGUGGAAUUCACCAUUAACCGUCUCCCACUGAGACUCCAGCAUCGCGCCGUGCAUCUGGCCGUCGAACACAAGCUUAAAGAGGUGCUGUUCCCUGAAGAACCAAUCGUCCCAAACCAAAGGUCACAACUUGCAUUAAGGCUUUUUGACAGUAUGUUGGAGAAGAACCUCGAGCAGUACAAUGCAGUGUGCAACAUUGUAGCUGGCGUGUCUAAGCCCGCACCGUACCUGGUGUUUGGACCUCCUGGCACAGGGAAAACAGUCACUGUGGUAGAGGCAAUCAAACAGGUGGAGAAGUGUUUGACAGAUGUGCAUAUCCUGGCAUGUGCUCCCUCUAACAGCGCUGCAGAUCAGCUGUGUGAGAAAUUGCUGCCACAUGUUGACACUUACAAAGUGUACCGAAUGUACGCCAGCAGCCGCAACCCUGAACAAGUGCCUCCCAGUCUGCUGGAUGCUUGUAAUCUUAAGGGUGAUUUGUUUGAGUUUCCAUGUAAAGAAGACUUGAUGAAAUAUAAGAUUGUGGUCACCACUGUGGUUACAGCUGGCAGGCUGGUCAGUGGUGGGUUGCCUGCUGGUCAUUUCACUCAUAUCUUUGUGGAUGAAGCUGGCCAUGCAGUGGAGAGCGAGACAAUUAUUGCCAUAGCUGGCCUGUUGCGUGCAGACACAGGGCAGCUGGUUCUGGCCGGAGAUCCGAAGCAGCUUGGGCCAAUUCUAAGGUCUAAAUAUGCCAUUAAAUAUGGCCUGGGUAUGUCACUUCUGGAGAGGCUGAUGACUAAAAAUCCACUCUACAAGAAAACAGAUACUGGAUUUAACAGUAACUAUGUCACCAAGCUGCUACGCAACUACAGGUCUCACAAGGCGAUCCUGAAAACUCCUAAUGAGAUGUUUUAUGAUGGAGAGCUGCAGGCAUGUGCAGAUGAAUACAGCACUAGUUUCUACUGUAACUGGGAACACCUUCCCAAAAAGGGUUUCCCUCUGAUUUUUCAUGGUGUGCGAGGGAAGGACGAGCAAGAGUCGACCAGUCCAUCUUUCUUCAACACUAGUGAGAUCAACGUCGUCGUUGAUUACCUAAAGAAACUGCUGCUGCUUCAGGGCAAGAAAGGCAUUGCCAAGAUCUCACCCAAAGACAUUGGCAUCAUCACCCCCUACAGGAAACAGGUGGAGAAAAUGCGGAAAGCCAUCAUAAGACUUGAUAGAGAGCUGAAAGACUACACGGACAUUGAACACCUGAAGGUGGGCUCUGUAGAGGAGUUUCAAGGUCAAGAGAGAAGGGUGAUCAUCGUCUCGACUGUCCGCAGCAGCGGUGAAUACCUCGACUUGGACUCCAUUUUUAACAUUGGUUUCCUUAAAAAUGAAAAGAGGUUCAAUGUUGCUGUGACACGAGCCAGGUCUCUGCUCAUCAUUGUUGGAAACCCUGUCAUUCUCAGUAGUGACACAACCUGGUGCAAGUUUAUCGACUACUGCACUGAAGAGGGAGGCUAUACAGGUAUCGAGCGCACUUCUGUAGAGGGCACAGAAGAAGUGGUGGCUCGGCUCAUGGCCCUCAGAAUCCAUACUGAAGUGGAAACUGAGGAGAGUGUCAUCCAGCAGUACAUAAACCCUGAGUGGAGGAACGAACAGUAACCCUGUUCUCUCUCUCUCUCUCUCUCUCUCCCCGUCUCCCAUCCUAGUGCAUUGCCAAUUUCUGCUUAAAAUCAGAGCAUACAUUUUAUCUUUGCAAACAAUUCAUUUUAGACUGCACAUAAGCCUUAAACUCAAGCCCCUAUGUGAAGGACAACUUACCAUAAAAAAAAAAAAUUCAUUGCUAUCAAAUGGCCUUAAUUCCUAAAGCACAGCAUGCACAUUCAUAGCCUAACAAGUGGCAGUAAGGUUGUCUAAAAGUAUAAUCUGUACUGGGCUAAACAGAACUGCUUAAAAUGAAAGGAGUAAAAACCUUGAUAGAUUAACAGGCAGUGCAUCAGACAUUGAUAAGGAGGAUUCAGUAGCCAAACUAAGACUUUGUCAUACUGCAUUUUAUUAAUUAAGAUCACUCAUCUAAUCCAUUCCAGCGCUCAUCACUAACUGAGGCUACUAUUUCUUUUUUUUGCAAGAAAGGUUACUUUUUUUGCAAGUAUAAACUCUUAAUAAAUUGGUGCCUUAUUUUAUUUUAAUUUAUUAUUUCUUUCUUCUUUUUUUUCUCUGUCUUUGUUGCCAUCUAGUUGUCAUUAAAUGCACUUGUUCUGCAAGUCCACAGAAGCUGCACAGGCAGAAUGUACUAUGAAUGAUGAAUACAUUUCCAUCACAAAUGAUUUAGAAUUAUACUUGAAUUUGACAGAAAUUUCGAAUGCAAAGAUCUAAAGGUUAUUGGAAUGUGUUAAAAUGACUUUAGGAGCAGGGACAUUUCCUGAUAAAGUUCAGUACAGGACUGACAGAUGAAUGUCUUAAUAAAGUAGAAACUAUGCAGAGAUUUUAUGAGCAAUUUUAAUCACAGCUUUUGUUAAGAAUAUAUAUAUUUUUAAAUGUAUCUAAAAUAUUUUUUUAUUAUUAUUCAUUAUGAUAUAAUGUUUAUAAGAUGGAAAUGAUAAUAAUAAAGUGUAAUGAAAUGUUAUUAUGUCAUUUGUUGGAAUAGAUUUUGAGGUGUAAUGUUUAUUAUAAGAGGCCUAACGCAGGGUUUCAGAGGAGGUCAACGAAACAAGAGAGUGCUUAUGAAGACCUUUCCAUUUAGAGAUAGCAUUGGGUUAUUAAUUAGGAACUUCAAAGGAAAUGAAAGAAAACUGAAA